AUGUAUAUCGAGGUGUCUCGCGGUCGUUGUCAAGAAAGCGCUACGGCAGUCAGCGAGGCCGUAGCUGGAAUGGAGAACAAUCGGUCGCUGUUCGCGGACAUUAGUGAUCGAUGCUUAGAAGCGCUGACCGUGCUGCUGAUUCAGAUCGCCGAGGAGGAGAACUUGUUCAAUUUUAACUCUAUCCUGAGCAGCGAAGGCUUGCAGCAGAUCGCCGGCUGGUUGCCACGGACCAAGUCUGAACUGCUGACCAUCGACACGAUGACCGAAGCAAAAGUGGCUAAGUACGGUGUCCGGAUCAUGCAGGUGUUGGAACCGUUUUGGGAGGAAAUGGAUCGUAGGGAAUCAGAUAGGAUGAAAGACGAAUUAAAGACUUUGGAGAAAGGCUUAAGGACGUCGGCGUCGUCUGCGGCGUCUAGAUUCGUUUCACAGACUUCACAUUUUCCGGCCGAGUUUGCGUCUCAAAUGGAGAGCUACGAUGGCUUCGGCACGUGUUGCGAAUGCCUCCAGAAAGGAAGGCUAAACGACUGUUUCUUGCUAAUCCGACCGGAAAAAGGCCCAGGGGACGGCCAAGAUUAA